UAUUCUCUCUGUCCGGAGCUCUCUCUCUCUCAAACAAUGGAGAACUACUCCAACCACUCCUACCCGGACUCCCGCGAGUCCUCCCCACGCUCCCGUGAAAUCGACUGCGACACUCCCUCCUGGGACGACCAGCCUCCGCCGUCCUCCGCCGCCUCCUCCUACAAGGUCAAGCUCAUGUGCAGCUACGGCGGCAAAAUCCAGCCCCGCCCCCACGACAACCAGCUCGCCUACGUCGGCGGCGACACCAAAAUCCUCGCCGUCGAUCGCAACAUCAAGCUCUCCGCCUUCAUUUCCAAGCUCUCCUCUCUCUCCGACUCCCCCGACUCCCCUCUCUGCUUCAAGUACCAGCUCCCCGGCGAGGAUCUCGACGCCCUCAUCUCCGUCACCAACGACGAGGACCUCGACCACAUGAUGAUCGAGUACGACCGCCUCUACCGCGCCUCCGCCAAGCCCGCGCGUCUCCGCCUCUUUCUUUUUCCGAUCAAUUCUCCGCCGGCGCCGACCAGCUUCGACUCCAACGAGUCCAAGUCCGAGCGCCAGUGGUUCGUCGACGCCUUGAAUUCCGUUCAGAUCCAGUCCCCGGAAGGCUCCUCUCCCACCGCUCCGGUCUCCGCCUCCUCCACCAACCCCGAUUUCCUGUUCGGAUUCGAUAAAGGAUUCGCCGCCGUUCCGGUUGCGAAAUUGCCUGAUUCCGUCGCUCCUCCGACUGUUCCUGAUUCGCUUGUGAAGAACACUCUGGCUGCCGGCGGACCUGAAUUGGUCUCCGAACCGGCGCUGUCUCAAUUGGAGAUCCAGAGGCAGAUUCAGGAGCUUCACAGAAUGCAAAUUGCCGCCGGUCACGAGCCGACUCUCUAUCAGAGAAAAACCGACGAGCAGCUUCCGAAUCCUCGGGGGGCUUACGCACCCGAUUACUACACUCAGAAGCUUCCAGAAAACAUUGCUCCGGCGCCCGGAGCCGCUCCGGUUCCAAUGCCGGCACACAUGCAGUAUCCUACUGCUUAUCUGCCAGAAAGGCACAUGAACACCGGAAGUUAUCAGGUGGCGGCGGCUCCCGGUGCAGGUGAGCAGCAGCCUGUGUACCUCAUUUCCACACCAGGUGGUGGUGUAUACCAGGCUAAUCCGGCUCAUAGACCGGCCACUGGACCAGUCGGGCAGGCAUACUAUGGUGUGCCGCAGAGAAUGGUUCCGGAGAUGUACCGUGACGCUCAGGUAUACAAUACGGCAGUUGCUGCUCAGCAGCAACAACAGCAGCAGCAGCAGCAAGCAAAGGUGGCUGCUUACAGUGAAGGGUUUGCACAAGUGGGUUAUGACAAUGCUGGGAGGCAAGUGUACUACACCACAGCUGGAGGCGCCGUGGCUUCAUCCUACCAGAAUGUGGCGCCAGUGCCUGUUGCUGUUGACGCAAGACAAGGUGGCGCCGGUGGUGCUUUGAAUCAAAUUCAAGACGGGGCUAGGUGAAGAGCAUGAGGGCUACAGUAAGAAACUGUGACCAUCUCUGCAGAAGAAGGGUGGGUUCUUAAUCACCCUAUCAUCCCUCUUGCUUAAUUAUUUAUUUAUUCAAAGUAAACUAAAUUUUAUCCCAACUGGAAUGUCCUUAUGUUCAAACCUUCAGGCCAAUAUAUGUAAAGCAUGAUUAAAUACAUUGCAUCAAAUACUUCUAUAGGAAGCUUAUAAUGUUCAAGUCAUUGGAUAGAUCAUGUGCUAAUAGCACUAAUUUGGAAGUGGGCUGCCCUAGUUUAAAAUUUGUGAUCAGGGUUUCCUUUGUUUCCUUAAAUUGAUAUAAUCUUACUUACCCUUAACAUCAAUGGUGAGUUUUGUUCUAUCACCUGUUGGGUUACUUUCGAUUUUCCAUUCCCAGAUGUAUAUAUCAGUUAGGGUUGUUUAAUGUUUAUUAGUUCCUUAGAUUACAUCUAAUUAGCCUUGUAUUUCUCUUAUGGUCAAAAGAGGGAGAGAAGUAUGACAUCACAGAUUCAGAGCUGACCGAAAUGAUAGUUA